CCGGGCAGAGAGUAGCUCUUUCGGGGCACCGAGCUUUUCCUGUCCCCGUUCCCGUCCCCGAGCCCCCGCGACCUUCAGGCGCUGCCUCGUCCCCUCCCGGUGCCUGAAGCGGGGGGCGCACCGGGCACCAGGCCCCGGGCUCUUCCCACAGGGACCUGUGGGGCCUGGGCUACAGCACUGGCGUAGGGAAAGGCGGCCUUGGCCUUCCAGGCCAUGACAAGCAACCAUGGCUGGCCAUGACUCGGGAUCUCAACACCAGUUCACUGGGUUUCAGAAAUACUUCAAUUCCUAUACCAUCACAGGCAGGAGGAAUUAUGUAAUAGCAACGUACACAGGUGUUGCGAUGCUCAUCUUGUAUUUCAAGCUUAGAUCAAGCAAGAAGAAGACCCCAGCAGUGGCAGAUAAAUAAAUGGUUGCUGGCGUGUCUCAGCCUCCCACCUGUGUCAGUGAUGGGAGCAACCUGAUCACCUGUUGUGGCUAAUAAAAUAUAAAUAAUUA